AAUUCCGAUUCACUUCGUCGUCGCAACCCAAUUUUCCACCGUCUCUGCUAACAAUGGACGGCGAAGAAGAAGAUGAACAAGUGAUAGCUGAAGAAGUUGAAGCCAUGAAAUCCGUUUAUGAAAACGAUUGUACCAUUCUCAAUUCCAUUCCUCCUCACUUCCAUUUAUCCCUCAAACCCAGAACUGCUGAUGUUUCUUCUCACCAGAUUUCUUUGCAGUUUGUAGAAAUUGUUCUUGAGGUACAUGCAACUCCACAGUAUCCAAAAGAACCUCCUUCUGUUGCUAUUGUGGAUUGCAAGGGUUUGGAUCAACAUAGACAAAAGCAUUUAUUGAAUCAUAUUCAAACUAAAGCCAACGAGCUUUCCCCUGGAUUAAUGCUCGUAGCUCUUUGUGAGGAAGCUGUAGAGAAACUCUCAGAUAUGAAUCAUCCUGAUGGUGAUUGUCCAUUGUGCUUAUUCCCAUUGGUGACAGAAGAACACCAAAGUGAAACCUUGCCUUUUAUGAAGUUAAUGUCUUGCUUUCACUGUUUUCACAGUGAAUGUAUCAUUAGAUGGUGGAAUUGGCUUGAGAGUUCUAAACAAACAGGGUCUUCCAAAUCAGAUAAUGCAACGGCUCGUCGUAACAGGGGUAUGUGUAAUUGUAAAGUUGCAUUUGACGAUAGACAUGUAUAAAUAUAGUU